AUGGCUCCCGGCAUCAUCGAACGCAUCCAGCAAAAGAUCGAGCUCUUCCGUCUCGAGCAGCGCUACACUCGUCGCCGCCAUCGUCGAUCCACCUUCAUGUCCAACGCUGUCUACGUCGACGGCGAGUACGUCUACCAGACCCCCAACUCUACUGGUUCCUCCUCGUCCGGCAGCACCAGCAGCAAGGGCGUCAACGCCCUCCACCACGCAGAGCCCAUCUCUCCCACCGUCGCCCCGUCACAGACCGAGCCCAGCAAGAAGCGAUUGAGCCGCUUCUCCUCCAUGCCCGGCUUCGGCUCAGUCUCAACCAAGCAGAGCCCAACCCAGGACUGGCGGACAAGCAACAUUACUGUCGACGAGGUCAGGCGGUAG